AUGGAUACUCUAGCAAAUCGAUAUUUAACUAUAGCAUGUAAACCAAAUUCUUGGCUCGAAGAUGGCGGUGGCAAUAAGAGGACCAGCGAGAGCUGCGAAGAGGAUAAUCGCCAGACGUUUACAUACGACCCCGCAAAUCCCCGUGAGGCCUGGCAAGACUUCCGAUGGAGAAUACUCAACUUCAGUCAGGGAUACAUUGAACAUACGUGGGAUUUCUCAUUUGUUGAAGAAGGCUUGCACGACCUAUGGGACAAGCUCAUCCACGUAGCAAAAAGACAUCCUGCUGACAGUGCCGAACAUGACCGACUCGUUACACUGAUUCUGCAGGCUCGAGAGUGCGGGCCGGUCACGCGCAAGGCUAAGGACACCUCUGUCGAUGAGGAACCAGAAGAGGUAUUUUUACCUAAUGGACAGCGUCUGUGGAUUGACCUCCCCUAUCUUGUGCAGGAGUUUCAGGAUGUCUCGAUGAAGGAGUCUAUGGGAUAUACGGCAGCGCAGUGGGAGGGCCUGGAGGCAUUUGAAACGGAGAGACUCUUGACGCGGGUAGAAGGAGAGGAAAAUGCAAGCAAUGCUUGUGUCCCCGUUGUUGAGCUCCUCCCCGCAUGUCUUGCCUGGUUGAAGUACAAAAGCUUCAAGCUUGCGACUUUCACAGCAACAAACCAUGUCUACCCACCUCCGUCUGCGGGUGAUAGCGUACAAGAUUCAACUGCACCAGGAGACAUCGCUCCCAAGUCCGAGUUUCCAUGUAGCGGCUUCAGUAUUGCUAGAUGGGUGUUCUGGAGAAGGCGCUACAAACACUUUUAUCAUUGUGGAAACGAGCAGAUUGCCAAGCUGGCCAGGGCUUGCUUUGAAGCGGCGGUGUUCAAAGGGAUGAGGAUGGGCAUUGAGCUCCCUGGUGAGAAAAUAUUUCUAACCAGGGUCUUUAAAGCUCUUGAUGCGGAGCUUGCUGCACGAGGCAUGCAAGUAAGUGUAAACCCUGAAGACAUUGAGAUUGACAUGGAUUGA